AUGGAGGCAAUGAGGCUGGCUCGGUUGGUGUUUCGAUACAUGUUCAUGCUUGUGUCUGGUUUAUCAGUGGUAAAUGCAUCAGGUGGAAUAAAGUUAGGCUUAACUCAUGACCGAAAGAGAUCAUUGUUUCCGAUGAUGAGGGAAAGAGAGGUUACAAGUGCUCGUCAACCACCAUUGGAACUUCUACCGUAA